CCUGAAGAAGCUCGUGUGCUUCAUGUGCAAGACGGGAAGGAUAGUGCAGCAUUGUAAUAACCCUGUAAUAUCAAUUAAAUAGAAAAAUGGAUCUUACGGAGACUGGAGUGAACCAGAACGCUGGGCAGGUGAUCAAGGACGAACUGGCAGAAAAAUGUCAGAAAUUAUUCCAGGCCUUUUUGGAAGAGUUUCAGAAUAGUGAUGGUGAGGUGAAGUACUUGCGGGACGCGGAGGAGCUGAUUCGACCUGAGAGGAACACACUCGCGGUCAGUUUUACCGACCUUGAAGGAUUUAACCAAGAACUGGCAACCGCCAUCCAGGAGGAAUUCUACAGGCUGUACCCCUACUUGUGCCGUGCUGUUCGUAAUUUUGCUCGGGAUCAUGGAGAAGUUCCCACCUCCAAGGAAUUCUAUGUGGCCUUCCAGGAUCUACCAACCAGACACAAGAUCCGUGAGUUGACCACAGUGAAGGUUGGUUCGCUGGUGCGCAUCAGCGGGCAGGUGGUCCGUACUCACCCGGUUCACCCCGAGCUGGUGAGCGGGACCUUUCUGUGUUUGGACUGUCAGGGAGUGAUAAAAGACGUGGAGCAGCAGUUUAAAUACACUCAGCCCAGCAUUUGCCGCAAUCCUGUGUGCAACAACCGCAGACGCUUUCUCCUGGAUACCAACAAGUCCAAAUUCAUUGACUUUCAGAAGGUACGCAUCCAGGAGACGCAGGCUGAGCUGCCCCGGGGCUCCAUUCCUCGCAGUAUGGAGGUGAUCCUGCGGGCCGAGGCUGUGGAGUCAGCACAGGCCGGUGAUAAAUGUGACUUCAUUGGCUCCCUCAUUGUUGUGCCUGAUAUAUCCCAGCUGGCCACACCAGGUGUGCGCGCUGAGACCAGCUCUCGUACGGCAGGAGUCCAGGGCUAUGAGAAUGAAGGUUUGCGUGGGCUUAAAGCGCUGGGCGUCAGGGAACUGUCCUACAAAUUGGCUUUCUUGGCAUGCCACGUCGCCCCCACCAAUCCCAGAUUUGGAGGCAAGGAGAUUCGAGAUGAGGAGCAAACGGCAGAGAGUAUCAAGAAACAGAUGUCAGUGCAGGAGUGGGAAAAGGUGUUUGAGAUGAGUCAAGAUAAAAACCUCUACCAUAACCUCUGCACCAGUCUGUUCCCUACUAUUCACGGUAAUGAUGAGGUAAAGCGAGGAAUUCUGCUGAUGCUGUUUGGAGGUGUUCCUAAAACCACCAUGGAGGGAACGUCUUUGAGAGGAGACAUUAAUGUUUGUGUUGUAGGAGAUCCAAGCACAGCCAAGAGCCAGUUCCUCAAACAUGUGGAGGAGUUCUGUCCACGGGCCGUCUACACCAGCGGUAAAGCUUCCAGCGCUGCUGGUCUCACCGCUGCUGUGGUGAGAGACGAGGAGUCGCACGAGUUCGUCAUUGAAGCCGGAGCUCUCAUGCUGGCUGACAAUGGUGUUUGCUGCAUUGACGAGUUUGAUAAGAUGGAAACGAGAGACCAGGUGGCCAUCCAUGAAGCCAUGGAGCAGCAGACCAUCUCCAUCACCAAAGCAGGGGUCAAGGCCACUCUGAAUGCCCGCACAUCCAUCUUGGCUGCAGCGAAUCCAGUGAGCGGCCGUUACGACCGAUCCAAAUCUCUCAAACAGAACGUCAACCUGACGGCACCCAUCAUGUCUCGAUUUGACCUAUUCUUCAUCCUGGUGGAUGACUGCAAUGAGGUCACUGAUUACGCCAUAGCCAGACGUAUAGUGGAUCUCCACUCCAGGAUUGAGAAUUCUGUUGACCGCGUCUACAGUCUCGAUGAGAUUCGCAGAUACCUGCUGUUUGCUCGCCAGUUCAAGCCAAAGAUCUCAAAAGAGUCUGAAGAGUUUAUCGUGGAGCAGUACAAGCGUCUAAGACAGCGGGACGGGUCCGGAGUCACAAAAUCAGCCUGGAGGAUCACAGUCCGCCAGCUGGAGAGCUUGAUCCGGCUCUCUGAGAGCAUGGCCAGGAUGCACUGCUGUGAUGAGGUUCAACCAAAGCAUGUCAAGGAGGCUUUCAGGCUGCUGAACAAGUCCAUUAUUCGGGUUGAGACCCCUGAUGUUAAUCUGGAUCAAGAGGAAGAGGAGGCCAUGGAGGAGGAAGAGGACAAUCAGAUGAAUGGGCACGAUGUACCUAACGGUGUAAAUGGAGCUGUUAAUGGAGAAGUGAAUGGCCACGAGCAUACAAAUGGGAUCAACGGUCACGGGGUCAAUGGAGAAACUGCAAAACCCUCACUGAGACUGUCGUUUGCUGAGUAUAAACGCAUUUCAAACCUGCUGGUGCUGCAUCUACGUCGUGCUGAGGAAGAUGAGGAUGAGGCGGCGCUGAAGAAGAGUGAAGUAGUGAACUGGUACCUGAAGGAGAUCGAAUCAGAGAUUGAUUCAGAAAUGGAACUCAUCAGUAAGAAGACCAUGAUAGAGAAAGUGAUCUACAGACUGGUUCACUAUGAUUACAUUCUGAUUGAGUUGAAACAGUCUGGGCUCAAAGGGUCUGCUGAGUCCAGUGAAACAGAAUCGCAGGAGGAAGACGUUACGCUGGUGGUCAAUCCCAACUACACUUUCGAAGACUAGACAUUUUGCUGCCACAUUCUCGGCUGUUUUAACUCAAAAUAAGGGACUGCUGAUGAUGUUGUUCAGGAAGGCCCUGUCCAGCCUCUUCUUUCUUUGUAAAUUGUUUCACUGAUUUUAGCUGCAUUCUGUUUUUGUAUCAGAUUAUUAGGAUGGGUCUAUCUAUCCAUUGUUUUUAAGAUUUGUGACUGCGCAAAAAAGAAAAAAAAAGUAAUUUUGUAAAUAUGUUUGUUGUUUUUAAUACGCUAGAGUUUUAGAAUGUUAGAAAUGGACCUCCAUAAAAUAUUUUGCAUAUAUACAGGUUAUCGUGUGUUAAAAGUUCUGUCAUUUAUGUCAAAAGUUCAGUGUUUAUUAUGCAAUACAUUUUAAUACAGAUGUUGUCUGGUCAAAAGCUGAUUUUUUUUUUUUUUUUAGCAAAUGCUAAUAACAGAAAUAUGCUACUUGGAAAAAUAUGCAAAUUACAUACAUGACAAACAGGUUCCUAUUUAGAUAUCACACAACAUAAAAUGUCCUAUAUGCUACAUAGAUUUAGAAAUGUUGCAAAAAUUACAACAUAAUAUUUUCUCACCAUUGGAAUUACAAAUUUAC